GUGGACGAGAAGGCGCGGCCCGUGACAAGAGCAGGACGCGGCCAGCAGCAGCAGCAGCAGAGCGGCGCAGCCACUUCAGGCGACGAAGCGAGAGACAGGACCCAAAAAUUAAUGCCAGUAGUGAAAAGACAAAUUAAUUGCCUUCAAAUACAAGGAACUCAACUUAGAUGUUCUGAACUGACAGUGAACUUAGAUGUUCAGACUAUUAUUGAUGGACAUAAAUUUGUAAAGUUGAAAAAUAUAUCUGCCUAUGAAAAUUUUUAUAAAAGUAUAUUUCAGAUGUCUCAAAUAAUUGUUCUUAAUUUUUUUAAAUUUAAUUUAUUCUCUCUCCUGAAAAGUUGUGUGUAUUGGAUUUACGAGUUUACUCAUUAA